ACCACCCAACCUAACCCAACCCACUGACUCGUUCUUCAAUGAGGAAAGCGGUCAUGUUGUCUAUGUUUCUUUCCUUCUUCCCAACUCCCAACUCCCUUCUCUCCAUGGCUUAUACUAGCUUAUUCACUUCAUCCAAGCCCUGCCUUCCCUUCGCUCAUCACUGAUCGGCCAAAACGCCCGAUUUGGGCUGGAGGCCAGGCCCAGGCAGUCCUUGAGUGGGCCAGCCUCGCGGGACAGAAGUGUUCAUAGGACUGGACUGCUGGUCUAUUUUCAGCUUUGCUUCACCAGAUUUAAUUUCCGUGUUUUAUGCCAGUUCGAGGCACUUUCCGUGAAGCCCGAGUGCUGGACAGGGCCUUCGGUGUCAAGACAGACCUCCGAGGAUCGGGUUCCAAUGGAGGGCACACGUGGGAAUGGCGAUUUUCGGGUUAUGCAUGUGCCUGACGGGAUGGCUUUAACGUUGCCUGAGAACGAAUCUGAUGAGAGUAGAAAUAAUAAGCGAUUGUUAUCUCCACCGCCUCUCCAGAAUGCGGAGGUUCACGCCCCCGCCGGAGUGGAGGUGGAACAAAGGCUCUUGGGGGUGACUAAUGAUGUUUUGACGGGUGCCGUCGAUGACAAACUUGCCCACCCCUAUCAGUCGGAGGAGAAUGGCUUGGAAGAUAUUGUUCCAAGUGUCCCCCUGGGACCUAGUGCCAAGCCGGUCUCCAAUUUGCCAGAGUUUGAUCCUCACCUCAAUACUGUCGCUGAGGAUAUCUUGGAGCCAGUCACUGAUACUCCAGUCCAAGUGUUGGUUAAAGUGGCCGACAAGAUCUUUCCGCAUUUCUCUCUGGCGGAUCUGCUAUUCUUCAAAGCCACCAAUUACUCUCAGUACAACUAUGAAAAUGGCUUUGAUUUGGUUCUUCAAGAGAUUGAGGGCCUCUUAGAAGCUACCAAUCAACUCAUCAAGGAUCUGUUGGAGCCCAUUGAACACCAAAUAACAACCUCCACCAAUGACUUGACGCUAAGUCCAAAGAUGGAGCAAGUGCUUGGUAUGAGUCGACAUUGGUGCAGAAGAACUGAUCUUCAUCCCAGCCUAGCUAGUGACCUGAAUACUCUGCUUCCUCAGAAGCUCGGGGAUGUGGAAGUGAAGAAAGAAUAUAAUGUGUCCACGUUUUUAAAUUAUCACAAGAAGAAUCUCAAAGAAAUGUGUGGCCUUCAUAGCCUAGACUCAACGACUCUGUCCAAGUUGGCCUCCUCCGAUCUGGGAGCCAAUAUCAAGCAAGAACAGCAACAGCAAAAUAAGGAUAAUAAGACCUAUCCGAAGGUGCCUUUAGCUCUGUGCCAGAAAUGUGGUAAAGAAAUCCAGGAGCAGGGAGAUGUAUUCGACCAGGAUCUGGUCAUUACCCCGGAUAUCUAUGCGGACGACUUUCUCUUUCCUUCGGAAUUGGCCUCGAGAAAACGAGGUCGAAAGAAAACCACCAAAGUCACUCGAAAGCGGAAGCAGGUCAAGUAUGAAAUGGACGAUGACUUUGUCGCUCCAGAUGAUGAUGAAGGCGAUGAAGAUACCCGAGGAUUUCACAGCAACAGCAAUGGCACCGAUCCGAGUGUCAAAGCCGACCCCGACGAAUCCAACAUUUUUGAUGAGAAGCCAAUCGACUCUCGAAAUAAGGUUGACAGUGUCAUAGAUCGAUCCGAGUCCAAGGAUAAGUCCAAGGAUAAGUCCAAGAGAACGAAGUUGAAGCGCAGACCGAAAUUGGAAAUGAAUGAAGACGGCGAAUACUGUUGUAAACGUUGCAAAGAGGCCUUUAAAGAUGAACUGAGUUUCGCUCGCCACGAGACCAUUUGUAAUCCUCAGAAUGUUCCUAUCCCCAAGUACGACAAGCUGGGAGAGAACCAAUUUCGUUGCAAAUUUCGUCUGUGCAACUCCAAUCAAGUGUUCCCUUCCCUCUUCAGCCUUCGAAAACAUUUCUUUUCCACCCAUGUUUCUGAAGAGGAUCUCAAGUUCCCUUGUGAGUAUUGCGGGCAACGAUUUGCUCGAGGAGGAGCGCUUAACGAUCACAUCACGUCCAAGCAUAAGAAGAAUCACACUUGUGAAGAGUGCGGCAAGGCCUUCAAUGCUCCCAAUCGACUUCGAGAGCACAUGCUCACUCAUACUGGUGCAAAACCGUUUGCGUGUGAUUUGUGUGAUCACAAGUGUGCCAGGAGUAAUGCUCUGAAACGCCAUAAGGAGCUUGUCCACAAGAAAUUUGAGAUUGGAAACUAUUUUUGCGACAUUUGUGGCCGAAGCUUCAACCAAGAGCGAAUCCUUCGCCGCCAUAUCAACCAAACCCACGAGAAUCCCAAAGAGGAGGUUGUUCACCAAUGUCAGAGGUGUGACUACAUUGCUGACAACAAGAGCCACUUAACCCAACACAUGACCAUCCAUCACAGUGACACGGCCGAUGAUCAAUAUCCUUGUGACCAGUGCAACAAAGCUUUCCGGAUAGAGAAAUACUUAAAAUAUCACAAAAAGUACGUCCACUCGGGUAAGACCCGAAACAAACGGAGUGGAGGCCUGGGGGGUGAAGGUGACGAAGGCGGCAAUUCUCGACCCGAGAACGAUCCCGAAUCAGGCGAUGGUUCGAUCGAUCUCAUGGGAGCGAAUGGUCCACAAGAACCACAAGGGCCACAAGGGCCAUUGGUUCAUCAGAGCCUGGCACCUGUCCAACUUCUCAUCCCCAACCCUCCCGACCACCAUUCGACAGCCUCCAACUCCACCAAUGCAUCACCCGGGCCCACUCCCAACCCUCUACAGCAACAGAGGUUCAUGAGCCAUUUGCCUUACCCACCGUACUCAUUCAACUUGAAUUAAGGAGUCUCAUCUCUGAGGGUCCAUCUCGACCACUAAAAGGAUACCAUUGACCGGCCUAACACAUAAUCAGAUGCAACUUGUAGAAUCUAGUGAAUACACUAUUGGUAGGUGCUUGAAGAGUAUUAUAGGCAUUGCAGGAAAAUAUAAAUGUACAUCUUCCUGAGUA